AUGGACAGUCCACUUAUCUCGCCGGCUAAAGCCCGCCAGGCUGCUAUACAAACCAAGGACUGGGCGUACGUUAACUCCUGGCUAAACCGACAAUACGCGCCCAAGCCUGUCCCACCAUUCGAGCGCAACGAUGACACCCUCCGUGUGCUUCUAGCCCUGGCCGCAGCCAAUGAUGCCGCAGAUGAGGAGGUUUCUGUGCAGCAGCGAGCUCGUGAGGAAGCAGUUCAGGCAUACAAAGCGCGGGAGGAGUUCGAGCGCAAAGACCCACACGAGCAACAAAAAGCCCAAAUCCUCGACGAAGUUGAGAUGUGUCUUGACGAUAGAGGAAGACGUGAUCUCAAUGAUCUUGCUGAAUCUGCGGUAGCUCUCGGCAAUACAUUAAACCCGAAUCCUGGGGAUCUGGGGCAGUCGAUUGUGGAGCUCACUGUGGAGGAGUUUGAAGCUCAAGAACAGAUUGCGAAAGUUGAUACAUUGCAUCGGUAUCUACAACAAGAGCUAGAUCGGCUACAGGCGGAUCUUGAUGAUCUCAAGUCCGACAUGGCAUAUGAGACACCAUCGAACACACAAAAGUUGACCUCAGAGUGGACGCGAGGUACAAAAACGCUUGCAAUCAAGGUCGCCGAAUACCAAGAUCGCAUCGCGUCAUUGGAAAAGGUCCAAUCGCAGGGACCGAGCAUCGAAGAGCUGGUGGCAGAAGAGGAAAACGUGAGCAGGGCACGCGAGACGGUCAGGUCGUUGCAAGGCCGUGUGAGGGCUUUCCGGGACCUUCCCAAGAGUAUCCCUGCAGCACGAGCAAAGUGCAAAGAUUUGGAGAACGAGCUUGGUCAACUCAUACAACAACGAGACUCGAUGCUUAGCAGCUUGGAUACGCGGCAUUGA